UGACGCACACACGGUACCAUGUGAUCUAAUCGAGCAUACAGCCAUUGAGCAACCGGAACAGAAAAAGCAGUUAGCAAUAACUAGUCUUGGACAAAUACAGCACGCGGCCCAAGCAAGUAACAUUUUUGGAAGGACUAUUCCGCGACCAUGCCGACUGAUACAAAAAGGGUACGUGGCCCAGAAGUGUCUCAAAGUCCAUCUCUCUUUCUGUGUAAAACCGCGGUAAAGAAGUCCAACGACGCCAGGGUAGAUGGCAGGCAGCGUGGUCAAGUGGAUGUCCGUUCAGUUUUUGUCCGAUGUGGGCUGAUAAGUCAAGCCAAAGGUUCAGCUUACAUUGAAGCUGGGAACACGAAGCUCAUAUGCUGUGUGUAUGGACCCAGAGAGACUGAGCGCAAGGAUGAGACCGAUAUGAAAUCCGGAAGACUGAUUACUGACAUGAGAUUUGCCCCAUUCUCUUGUCGAGAGAGAGGCUCGUGGAUUCAAGGUAGUGAUGAAAAGGAUCUGUCACUGAUGCUGUUGGAAAGCCUGAGGCCAGGAGUGUGCUUGCAGAAGUAUCCUCGCUCUCAGAUUGAAGUAAAUGUGAUGGUUCUUGAAAACGACGGCGCCGUCCUGGCACAUGCAGUCACCUGUGCGUCCAUGGCGCUGGCGGACGCAGGUAUAGAGAUGUACGAUCUGGUUCUUGGAUGCUCAAUCCGUCAGGAAGGUGCCACAUACCUUAUCGACCCUACCUUUCUGGAGGAAAAUGGAUGCAACUUGACCUCAGGAUCCAGGGAGAAUUUGGGAAGCCUGACAGUUGCAUUUCUCCCCAGUCUGAACCAGAUUUCUGGACUACAAUCGGAUGGCGAGAUGGGCGAGGACACCCUUACUGGGGGUGUGCGCACAUGUAUUGAGGGGUGUUUCAAACUCUACCCUGUCAUUCAGCAAGCACUGUCCAAGGCAGUACGAAGAAAAGCACCACCAUCAGAGAGCUGAGAGACUGAAAAAUGUGUUGCAUGAUGAUCUCUAGCUUAGGCAGCUGAUCGUCUAGGCUUGAUGUGCAUUCCUGGUAAUACACUUGUGUCCCCUGUGGACCGGCUCGUACAUAAAGCAUCCAACAUUCAGCCUGCAAAGGCAUCAUUUUCCUCAACUAGCUUUAAUGGCGACAAGGCCUUUGGCCACAAUCAUUUUCUGAUUUUUGGACAAAUUACGAUGUUGCACACCUUUUGGCUGAACGUGGAUUGGUCUGAAAAUGGUGUUGCAUAAAGAAAGAAUGCAUAUUUACCCCAUUUUUUUCUCCACUUCUCACCAUUAAAGCUAGUUAAGGAGGAAAAUGAUGCCUUAUGUAUGAGCAGGUCCAUGGGGGACACGAGUGUAUUACUGGGAAUGCACAUCAAGCCAUGAUAGUGCAGAUCUACCACACUAUCGGCUGCCUAGGUUAGAUGAAAAAAGAUGUUAAGUAAAAGUAAGAAAAAAGUCAGUCAUAACAUUUGUCAAUUUUUACUGUUUUGACACGUCAGACUCCAUGCAUAGAUUUAAAAAUAAAUCAUUUAUUAAA